GAACAAUGCUAAAAUGUAUGUAAACGAAGGCCUAAUGACUAAUCACGGGUCCGGUAGCCUAUACCUACAGUGAAAUUCGUUAAUGUGACAGGAUUUAAAUGUAGUACUGAACCUUGAAGAACUCCAAUAGAUAAAGGUGUCAGAGUUUUUUUUUCAACGAAGACGAAGGUUUAUACUCCAUUGACGGCAACAAUGAUUGCAUUGACUUUAUUAAUUCUAAUGUCAUCAUCAUAUGUAAUACUCUCGGCUCCAUUCGAGAAUUGCCAGCUUCCACAUAAUAGAGAACUUGACGUUGACAAGCUAUCAAACUCUUCCUGGUAUGUCGGACUUCAGACGAAAGAUAUUGCAUCAAACAUACUCACUUGUGACAGAUUAAACAACUUCACGUCCACUGAUUCCGGUUUCAGUUUUGUCGUAAAAGAACACAAUUACAGAGACGUGGAGUUUGUUGUCCAUAUGAACUGGAAUAAGAACAGAAAUUAUCACAUGAGCAGGAAAGAAGACGGAGCCGAACUUUAUGCCGCCCAUGCACGUGAAAUGAACGGAAAUUAUAACGCAGCAAUAAGAGCAAUGGCAGACGACUAUUUUUUUAUUGCGAAUUGGUUGUUUCUGACUGACUACACAAAUUAUUUUGCCGUGUUUUUAUGUCCAACAAUGAAAUUCUGCGAUACGGAUCUUCAUAUCGUUUGGGGAUAUUUCCCAAGUCCAACUCCAACUUUGAAACAAAUUGCAGCAUUUUACAAUGCUCUUCAUGAUCAAGGAAUAUCUGCUAAAUUCCACGUCUCAGAUUGUUCAGAGGUGAAUUGGAGCGAUUAAUCAAGCGACCCUGUAUAUUUAGUUUAAAAAAAUAAUAAUUUAGUAAUAAUCAAGAGUUUGAAAGACAAAUUUAUUGCUAUAAACGAUGAACUUUCUCUGUCAAUAGAAUUAUGUUAUAUUGUGAUAUACGGGAAGUGAAUAAGAUGUUCAGGUCUUAUAUCAAACUCUAAAUGUAAUCGGAAUAAAAUAAAAACACUGCCACAAUUGCUAUCUAGCAUAUUUGUUAUAUUGUCAAUUUUCCAUAUGACCACUUGUUGGAGCAAAUAAAAAAAAUUAGGAAUAAUAGAAAUAAGGAAAAAAUGAUCGGAUAUGAAACUAUUAUCGUAUUCAAUUAACAUUAUGCAACAUUUUAUAGGAAAUAACUGUACAAUAUGUGCGAGUCUCAGUGUGAAUAUUUCAGAGCGCAGAAUAGAGCACCUAAAAUAAAAACAAAAGCAAAGUAAAACAAAUUUAUAGGGUGUUCAUUCAUGUGUUCGACUUUUUUGUUGGUUUUCAUUUUAUUUUUGCGUACCAGAUAUAAGUUUUGCCCUAUAUUUACUCCUAUGUUCACACUUUAAACAUGAACAACUUGAACAACAUGAUGAAAUGCCCGAAGGAGCUAAAAUGUAUCGAUAAAUGCCCGAAUGAGCUAAAAUGUAUCGAUAUAUCGACUGUAAGCAAAUACAAGAGUAAGAUUUUUUUCAAUUUAACUUGAAUUCGGCAACAAACCUUUUCACAUCAUCUGUACAUUCGAAACAUUUUGACCAAUAUUUGUUUUUAUGAAUUUCAGCCAGCGUAUAAAGAUAAACUUCUUCGUACGACAGACAA